UAUUUUGAGGAGGCGCUAAAAGACAGCAAGGGCUGGGAUACCUUGCAUGGAUACCAUGACUUUCGCAGCCAACAAUUUGGAGAUGCAAACGAGGUUGACCAAUCCAACAUGGCGAACAGCAGUUUCGAUAAGGAUGAACUCACGGCUCCUGAUCAGAAGUCUUUUGCGCAAGCAUCGCAAUCAGCUGCUGGAAUAGACAUCACUCUCCCGCAUAGUCCAGGGAACAGUAUUGAACGCGUUGGCCCGAAUGUCUUAAGCCACGGACCGAGGAACGAGUCUUCACAGUCAUAUACGUUUCAUCACAGAUCCUUCUCUGGUGAAGAGCCCUCAUUUACCACCGCACUCUCUGCCCCGCCACCCUCGUCGAGACAUAGCAGUGCAUCUCCGCAUAUUCCAGGCCAGCAUUACGGACCGUUUCUUGGCCGAUUUCGAACCUCAGAAGACGCAAAAGUAUACCGCCGGGAUAAAAUGCGUUUUGGAAGAAGACCAUGGAGAGAUCCCGAUAGCGACCCUACCAUCGCAAAUACGGAACACAAUCGUGAUUUUCAUGUAGAGCGCAUUUAUAACGCCAUGAUUUGUGGAGAUUUUGCACGAGACAACGCGAAAUCUACCGCUCUGAAGAGAUGGGUUCACGAACCACAUUACUCGUCAGAUCUUGUCGAAGCAUAUGCUCACAAGGUAUUUGAUUGCUUGCUUGAACAGGUCAAAAAGGGAUUUCGAGGUUGGAACCAGAAUGACUAUGUGAACGAUGAGAGAAAGGGCGAAGACGACGACAAGGACAUUGACUGUGCAGGCCGUUUGGAGAACAUCAUUGCGGCACUACAUCAAGAAAAAUCAAUUUGCGAGAACGUUAUGAGUUCAGCCUGGCAGAUACGCAUGUUUGUGAACGCACCCAAGGCGUAUGCUAAGCGCAAGGAUCAGAAUCGCGUAGGGAAUAGCAAGCGGCCUAAUGCAAAGAGCAACGAAGGGGCAGAAGGUGAAUCACGUCCGUCAAAGAGGCGGAGGAACACGGUGCAAAGCAAACAGGCACAACAGCUUUCACUGAUGACCGAGCCCGGAUUGUCGCGAGGCUCACUCCCUCAGCAACAGUACCAGUCACAUUGCCAACCGGCGACAGAGAGGCCUCCAGAAUCCAGGCUGGCCGCACAGGAACCUUUCAUUCAUUUUCCUUCUCAUUCACAUGACGGUACUUUUGGCCACCAAGGGACUAUCGCCUUGACGCCAACGACAUUAUCGAGGCAGGUUCCUCUGACUCCUCAGCAGGAGAGCCACUAUCGCACCGCAUCCAUGCCAGUGAUACAGCAACCCCCCUUCUCCCCUCUGCCAAUCUCACCUGGGACCAUACCUGAGGCGCAUACACCAGAUAGCACGAGGCUAGCGACCAUGGCCCACCGCUUCAGUGGGUGGCAGGGUGCGACUCACUCCGACUUUUCAAUCAACACAUCUCAGCAGCUGGGCAAUGCCGAUUAUACGAUGGUCAGAGACAACCGAACAUGUAGCCAGCCUUUUGCCGGCUGCAUUGCGCCUGCCUAUGACAACACGCUGGAGCAGCCUGCUCUUUCAACGGGAAUAAGCCUCGCCGACACAGAGAUUAUUCCCUCAUUUCCAACCGAGGAGCAGUUGCAAGAUGAUAUCUUUCAGCAGUAUUGGGCGGAACAAUAUUCGGACCUGCAACAACCCCCGUGCAAU